GCCUUUGUGGUACGGCCCACGCUUUAACCGCGGCUGCGCGCGGCUGGCCCCCGCGCUCGGCGCUGCUGGAGUCCCGGGCCGCGUCGCUCUCUUAGCUCUCUGUCCCCCCUGCCUUUUGCUCGGACGCCCUUGUUGGUACGAUCCGCGGCCCGGCGGUCUUUCGCCGCCCUCCCCCUCGGGCCGGCGGCGCUUGGUGCGUCCCGGAGAGAACCAGGUCAUCGGUCGGUUCCCGUGAAAACAAAAACAAUCGGUGGCGGCCGAGAAGCAGCAGAAGCAGCAGCAGCGGGCGAGGGACUAGCCAGGGCCGGGGCGUCAUGGGGCCGGGGGACGCGGGUAGCCCGAGUCCCCGCCAGCGCCGCUGUCGUCGCUGAGCCACCCCCGCCGCUGCCUCCGCCGCCUCCGCCGCUGCCGCCGCGCGGGAGAAGACGAGGACCCGGAGCGGGCCCGGGCGGACGGGGACUCGGCCUCGGGACGGCCCGGCAUGGAUCAGUGCGUGACGGUGGAGCGGGAGCUGGAGAAGGUGCUGCAUAAGUUCUCGGGCUACGGGCAGCUGUGCGAGCGCGGCCUGGAGGAGCUCAUCGACUACACGGGCGGCCUCAAGCACGAGAUCCUGCAGAGCCAUGGCCAAGAUGCUGAAUUAUCAGGGACACUGUCACUUGUUUUGACACAAUGCUGUAAAAGAAUAAAGGACACAGUCCAAAAACUGGCUUCUGAUCACAAAGACAUCCACAGCAGUGUUUCCCGGGUUGGAAAAGCCAUUGAUAAGAAUUUCGAUUCUGACAUUAGCAGCGUGGGAAUCGAUGGCUGUUGGCAGGCAGACAGCCAGCGGAUCCUCAAUGAGGUGAUGGUGGAGCACUUCUUCCGACAAGGAAUGCUGGAUGUAGCUGAGGAGCUCUGUCAGGAAUCUGGCCUGUCUAUAGAUCCAAGUCAAAAAGAACCAUUUGUGGAGUUAAAUCGAAUAUUGGAAGCAUUAAAAGUCCGAGUUCUGAGACCUGCCUUAGAAUGGGCCGUGUCCAAUCGAGAAAUGCUCAUGGCCCAGAACAGCUCCUUGGAAUUUAAGUUGCACAGACUGUAUUUCAUUAGCUUAUUAAUGGGUGGAACAGCAAACCAGCGGGAAGCCUUGCAGUAUGCGAAAAAUUUCCAGCCAUUUGCCCUAAACCAUCAGAAAGACAUUCAGGUCUUGAUGGGCAGCUUAGUGUACCUGAGGCAGGGCAUCGAGAACUCGCCGUACGUCCACCUGCUCGACGCCAACCAGUGGGCCGACAUCUGUGACAUCUUCACCCGGGACGCCUGCGCCCUGUUGGGGCUGUCGGUGGAGUCGCCGCUCAGUGUCAGUUUCUCAGCAGGCUGCGUAGCCCUGCCGGCCCUCAUUAACAUCAAGGCGGUGAUCGAGCAGAGGCAGUGCACAGGCGUUUGGAACCAGAAGGACGAGCUGCCCAUUGAAGUGGACCUCGGGAAAAAGUGCUGGUAUCACUCUAUAUUUGCUUGUCCCAUUCUUCGUCAGCAAACGACAGAUAAUAACCCACCGAUGAAGUUGGUCUGCGGCCAUAUCAUCUCCAGAGACGCGCUGAAUAAAAUGUUUAAUGGUAGCAAAUUAAAAUGUCCUUACUGCCCGAUGGAGCAAAGUCCGGGAGAUGCCAAACAGAUCUUUUUCUGAAGAAAUGACUUCCAGUAGUCAGUCUGUGAGUGACCCCCGGAAGCGCAGCAGGGGCAUUGCAGAAGACCAGACCGUCCUUGUUGUAUCGAUGCCGCAGACCGUGGACUCCUGGGUCGCUCGAAGCCAACGGUCAGCAUUUGAGUGUGUCCACGCCGGAGAGGGCAAGUGCUCCCGAUUGAUCUUACCACAGGGCUUUAUUAUACUCUUGGUCUUCGUUUCUGAUCAAGUCAAUACACCAGCAGUUGUCAUUCAAUGCCGGUUUUUGUACUUAAUUCUAUGGUGAUUUUUUUACUUUUUAAGAGCAGAAAUGAGAAAUCACCCUCCCCCAUGUGUUGAAUAUUUCUCCUGCUUUUAUUCUGUCAGCCUCUUCUUGAUGAUUUUCAUCUUUGAAGAAUGUUUGUGAAAAAGUUUUAUUUCCUGUUCUGUGUACAUAAUUAAAAAUACUUCAGAAAAAGUUUGAUAAAUUGAAUAGUGGUUAUAAAACUAAUUUGUAUUUUUUGCUUAAAGAAGAAAACAAGCUGUGAUAUAUUCUGUGUCUGCUUUCAAAUGUUUCCUUCUGCCCCUUCUCCUUGCAACUCUUGUAGACGUCAGACACACAUUCAUGGAUGUCUGUCUUCUGUCUGUCUGUCAGUGGCCCUUCCCAUGGGCUGACUGUUAGACUUCCCCCUCCGGCUAGGCAGCUACCCCGAGAGUGAGUCAUCUUCUGCGGAAGAGAGUGGAACGGGCAGCCGUCCUUGGGUGCCGGCUUUCCUACAAGAGAUGCUUGUUUUAAGAGAAAACUAAGAGGGUUCUAGGAAGUCAGAGAGCCGUCUCGGCUCCUUGAACUCGGCCCGGGAGCCCCCAGCCCGGAGCCGUCCGCUUCUUCACUGACCCUUUGGAAGGGGGGAUGCCCGCUGCAGUGGUGGGCUGCAGUGCUAAAGCGGCAUCCAGCGAGAAGCUUGCCGGCUUCGGGGAGUAACUCGGCAUCCAUCGCUUAUGGCCGUUUGUAUUUUAGGCCUCAUUCCCUCCCGCUCUUCUCUCGGACGCCUCCUCGGAUGCGUGUCCCAAAGUUCUCCGUGCGGCGUGUAAAGGUAACUGUAAAAAAGCUUUUUGUCUCGUGCUCUGCGGAGAGAGGAAUGCUGGGGAAAUCCACAUUUUGGAAACUCCAUUUUGUGGGACUUGGAACUGGGUGUCGAUGCAAAAACUCUUCUGAGGAGGGAAGAAGAAGGAAGGCGGACGGCCGUUUGAGGUUUCAGGACACCAUCUUCAAGUCUGACGUGGCGGCCGGGUGGGAGAGAGUCGGCGCCGCCCGAGGGACCGAGGACUCCCCGGCGGGGGCCUCUUCUGCUGGGCAGUACUUGGGGGUCCCCUGUGGCUGGGGGAGCCGGGGGCGGAUCUUGGGUUUACCUGUGGAGGAGCUCUGCGGCAGGAGAGGGUCCUGGGUCCUGAGGGCUGCCGGGGGGAUCCUGCUCACUACCGGAAACUCCCCCCAAAGCAGCUUCCAGGACUCCUCGCCCUGGAGGCGUUUGUGGAGGCCGCAGAUUUAGCCCGGCUCCCCUGCGCAGCUGACCCCCUGGGUGGGCUUCAUACGCCUGCAGGAUGCUCUGAGAACCCCCAGAAGGUGGUCGGUGCUUGGCGAGAGCAGACCAUAAGCCAUAGACUUGCUGCCAGCUGUGCUCUUUAUCUAGUGCAGACGUUUUGUUAGGUUCGUAGCUCACAGAACUCCCAGAGAACGACUUCACUAAAGCCUUCGGACUGGACUCGCCGUCCUCCGGGGCAGCGCCGGGGCCGGGACGGGGGACUUCUUCGUCUGGGCCCCUUUGUCCGAAGGCGCUUUGUGAGGCGUGGUGUAGACGAGCUCCCUCGGUGUAGACGAGAAAAGCGGCUCAAGAGACGCCGGCGGCCGCGCUUUUGUGUUUGGUAACCAAAGAAGAGGAGGAGCAGCUCGAAGACCUUCUGCCUGGGCAGCCGGCAGACGGCGUAUCCUCAGGGUAAAGGAGAGGGACGGCUUUGGCGGACCACAGGAAGGCGGCGGGAAUUCAAAGCCAUUUCCAAACGGUUUCUCCAAAUUCCGAGCUUGGGCCGCCCCGGCCCGCUCUUCUUUUCGCAGCCCUCUUUGCAGGCGGCUCGGGGCGGCCUCACCACGUCCACUCGGACGCGGCUCCUCCAAGAUGCCGUUGCUCGGACUCGAGCGGCGACCGUCCGGGGCGCUCUUCAGGGUGAAAGGUCUGCCCCGUCGAAAUGAACGGGUAUCGGUGCUUCUUGGUUCCCAAGGGCCACCUCACAUUCAUGGUGUGCGUGAGUCUAAGUGUGCGAGGAUUUAACUGAGAAUAGGAUGCUAGAGAACCCCAGCCUGGCUCGGGAGGCCCCGGGGUGUCCGGGCCGCACCCUCGGCCUCUUGGGGAGGGGACGGCUGGCUGAAGCUCCUCCGGAGGGCAGCGUGGGCGCCCGGCGCCCCCUCUUACACGGCCCCUUCGUGUUCCCUUGGGCAGGUCCGGGAGUCACGAAAGCUUGGUGACCCCCAACGGGAAGGACGAGCCCUAUUUCAGAGGGACGAGUCCUUGGCUUUGCUGUGUGCGUUUUUACAGCCGUCGUUCUUUCUCCAAAGCCGGGGAGGGCCCCGCUGUGCCUCCAGGACACUCUGCCCUCAUUAUAGUCUUUAUUUUCUCCCGGAAGGGAAGGCGAAAGGAGAGGGCGGCCGGCUUAGCAGCGUCUCCUUUAGCUACUUCUUCCUCCACUCGCCGAGGCCUCUGCGUCCCAAACUUCUCUUCCCACAAGCCAGGAAUGGGGGCCCCUCGGGGCGAGCUGGGCUGAGUGUGAGGGGCUGCGUGGCUGUGUGACGGGGUGCGCGCGGGCCUGAAGCUCCACAGAAAGGACGUCCGAGUUCCCGUCCGUUGGCAGGGCUGCGUUUAGGGCAGCGUCUCCUCAGGAUUGCAAGCAGCGUGCACGGGUGAGAUUCCCCCCACUUUCACGUUUUAAUUUUAAGCCCAUGUCGAAAGCGAUGUCACCCGAUCAUCUUGUUCCUAUGGCUCAGGAUUGUAUUUCUUUUGCUCUUUUGUGCUGUAGGGUUCUAUAGUAUUUCUAUAAUUAUGUAACAAAAAUAGUGUUGCACUGUAAAGUAUCCUAUAGAGCUCUAUGUAUGAAAUUUGAUCUGUUUUUUAAAAAUAUAUGUAUCUUUGCAAAGGCACAAUAAAGCUGCAUCUUAGACGAUAGGCAAUAACGCUAACAAUAAACAUUAUUUAACACAUGAA